CAUCACACUCCUCACUCCUCCAGCUCGUGGCAGGCAGGGUGGGACUUUUGUUCCCGUGGUGCUGAUGACAGAACAGAUGGUGAGGAGGGUUGCCUUGUUUUCUUUUUUUGUUUUGUUUUUUUUUUUUUUUCCGGGCACCGCUGUCGGUGUCAGACGCGUUUCAGUCCAGCUGACCUGCGCCAGGCAGCCGCUCGUCACCGGGAGCUGAGCGCUGCAGCGUCUGUUUCACUUCUCAACUAUCACCGCCGCGUCUCCAAGCACAGGAGAUCCGAGCUGAUGCCAGAGAGCUCCUCUUUUUUUUCCCCCUUUCUCCACAGAUUUGAAAUAAGGCUGUUUAUUUUCUGUUCGCUCUGCAUCAUCAUCAUCAUCAUCAUCAUCAUCACCGUCCCGGAGCUGCGUAUGCUGCAUGGGUCAGAUACAGUAGCCUGCAGCAGAGGAUACAGCGCUUCAUAGGUCAAGUUUGAAGUGGACGACCUUCGGCCCCGGCUUCUGCAAAAAACUUUCUCCUGGAUAAGAAAUUGCCACUCUGGAAAUAGCCUACUGCAUCUAGCCAGCAGCGAAGCAGACUAAUGCUCAUGAGCCUUCCCUCCAAACCUUCCUCCAGAACGCUGACUCUCGUCUGAGCUUUGUGCGAGCAGAGAGAGCAGACAUCAUGGCGCCCAGCUCGCAGCUUUGGCCUCCUCUGCUCUGGCUGUGCGCGGGAUUGCUUCUUUCCUCUCCGUCGCCCAUACGGGGCAAAGAAUGUCCACGUUUGUGUGUCUGCGAGAUCCGCCCUUGGUUCACCCCUCAGUCGACGUACAAGGAAGCUACCACGGUGGACUGCAAUGACUUGAGGCUCACGCACAUCCCCAUUAACCUGUCCACGGACACUCAGGUGUUACUGCUCCAAAGUAAUGCCAUCUCUCACACCAGCGGAGAGCUGGACGUGCUGUUCAACUUGACAGAGUUGGAUCUAUCCCAGAACAACUUCAGCACUGUGGAAGCUGUGGGCCUCUCAAGCAUGAACCAUUUGACCACCCUGCAUCUCGAGGAGAACCAGAUCACCCAGCUGCCAGACCACUGCCUGGGAAACCUCUCCAAUCUCCAGGAGCUUUACAUCAACCACAACCAGAUAAACUCCAUCUCCCCUCGGGCAUUUGCAGGCCUACACAGCCUGCUGCGACUUCAUCUCAACUCCAACAAGCUCCAUGUCAUCGAUAGCCGUUGGUUUGAAGAAACACCCAACCUCGAGAUUCUAAUGAUCGGGGAGAACCCAGUUAUCGGCCUCCUGGACAUGAACUUUAAGCCUCUAGGAAGACUGAGGAGUUUGGUUCUGGCUGGCAUGGACCUUACUGAUGUUCCAGCAAAUGCAUUUGUAGGUUUGGACAACCUUGAAAGCAUUUCUUUCUACGACAACAAACUGGUCAGAAUUCCUCAACUAUCCCUUCAAAAAGUUCCCAACCUGAAAUUCUUAGAUUUAAACAAAAAUCCAGUUCAUAAAAUCCAGGAAGGAGAUUUCCGGAACAUGUUACACCUGAAGGAGCUGGGUAUCAACAACAUGAUGGAGUUAGUGUCAAUUGACCGCUUCGCUCUGGACAACCUACCAGAGCUGACAAAGCUGGAGGCGACCAACAACCCUAAACUGUCUUAUGUGCACAGGUUGGCCUUUAGGGACAUGCCCUCCUUGGAGAGCCUGAUGCUUAACAAUAAUGCCCUCACUGCCCUUUACCAGCACACGGUGGAGAUGCUGCCUAAUCUGCGUGAGAUCAGUCUGCAUAGCAACCCAUUGCGUUGUGACUGUGUCAUUCAGUGGAUGAGUUCCAACAGGACCACAGUGCGCUUCAUGGAGCCGCUUGCCAUGCUGUGCACCUCCCCGUCGGAGCUCAAAGGCCAGCGAGUUCGAGGGCUAAGGAUUCUGGAGUCUUCAGAGCAAUGCCUCCCGCUCAUAUCCCACAACACCUUCCCCAGUCACCUGAACCUCGAGCUGGGCACGAGUGUCAGCCUCGACUGCAGGGCCACGGCUGAACCCGAGCCUGAGAUCUACUGGGUGACUCCUCUUGGGACAAAAAUCACGAUAGACACUGUUUCAGAGAGGUACCACUUGAGCACUGAGGGAACACUGCGGCUAUUUCAUGUUCAGGUGGAGGAUUCUGGCCAUUACACCUGCGUGGCCCAGAACACAGAAGGAGCUGACACACAGGUCGCCACUGUCCGUGUAAAUGGCACCCUGCUAGACAGCGCGCAGGUGAUGAAGAUCUACGUCAAGCAGACUGAAUCGCACUCGAUCCUGGUUUCCUGGAAGGUCAAUUCUAACGUCAUGUCCUCCAACCUGAAGUGGGCCUCGGCCACCAUGAAGAUUGACAAUCCGCACAUCACCUACACAGCUCGUGUCCCCGUAGACGUUCACGAGUACAACCUCACACACCUUCAACCUGCCACUGAGUAUGAGGUAUGCCUUACAGUCUCCAAUGUCCACUUGCAGACACACAAGUCUUGCGUGAACGUGACAACACGUAGCGCUACCUUUGCCCUUGACCUGUCUGACCAGCACCCGAGUGCAGCGGUGCUGGCCGUCAUGGCGGCCAUGCUGGCCUUCCUCAGCCUCGCCACUGUGGGUGUCUACAUGGCCCGCAGAUGGAAGAGGAAAAACUACCACCACUCCCUGAAGAAAUACAUGCUGAAGACUUCCUCCAUCCCCCUGAACGAGCUUUACCCUCCGCUCAUCAACCUGUGGGAGACCGAUGGUGAGAAGGACAAAGAUGGCAGCACAGAGGGAAAACCCUCCCCUGUCGACACCACACGUAGUUAUUACAUGUGGUGAGGAUUUAGUAAGGAGGCCUGGCUGCCUCUCCAGCAGCACAAAAAGACACACUUUUGCCAUUUUGGUGCAAAAGUCAAUUAAAGUUGCAAAUGUUUUUUUUUGUAUUCUCAGCUUUGCUAAUAAGAGGCAGAGUGAUCAAGGACAGGAUUUUUAUUAGUAUAGCGUAUCGCCUUUGUUUGACUCUUUCUCUUAAUUGUUUUGGACUCUCCAAGAUGGCAGCUGUAUUUAGCCUCCAGGUUUUCUUAGUUGCUACGCUCUUGUUUCUGUGGUGCAUUUUUGACUCACUUUCCCGUUGGGUUAAUAAUACAGCAGCAGGGGCCAAUGGUCUUCUUGCGUUAUUAGUGAAAAUCAGUGUUUUUUCCUCUGUUUUGUAAAACAGGUAAUCUGUUGUGCACUGAUAGAUAAUGGAGUUUGUCUGAACUUCAGUUAAAAGCUGACAGCGGGUUUAGACUCGUUAACCUGUCGACUGAAUGUUAGCAAUUGUGCAGUAAUGUUGUAUCAACUAUACCUUUGAACUUUCUGAUUUAAACUGCGACAGAAUAGGAUUUUAGUUUGCUGAUAAAUGUGAUGUUAAUGCUAGAAAAACAAAUGUUUGUUAAAGCAUUUUGAGUUGUUUUUUAUUAAGGCGCACUAGAAACCUUCACAACCCUUUCCCUGUUUACUCACUUAUUUUGCUAGACUUUUUUGCUAAUUGCUUAGUUUAUUAUUUCCACAUGCAAUAUGUAUACUGAUGAAGUUAAAAUAAUAAAUUUUUGGUUCUUUUGCAGACAUCUGGUCUUUUUUUUCCCCCCAUUCCCCCUCCACUUAUAUAGUUAUCAUACCCUUUCAGUUCUAACAGGCACACGGACUCCCUGUGAUACAUGCUGUGGGUGUCAUGUGGAUUCUUAAUCGCAGGUCUUGGAAGAACUUAAGCCCAUCUCAGUCCAAAACCGAGUGAAUCAGCUUUCGAGCAUCACAGUGCUCACUGCCCUGAACCAUCCUUACAGACAGAGCUUAUACUGUGUCAGCUUAACUUCUCUGCAUGGGUAUUUACAGACUUCUGAUAGACAGACUUUCAGAUAGACACACAGUGACGAAUAUUUAAGCAGGUGCUGCCCUCUACUGGAUGAAACAAAUAAAUAUGGUAAAGAGAGGUAAAUAAUUAUAAAACACACAAAUAGCAAAGUAGGUUCCUCAGGUUUAGCAUUAAUAAAAAAAAACAAAAACCUGAAAUCUCCUCUUCAAAUUCAGAGUAGCAUUUUGAGUCAUGUUAUUAAAAUUUUCUUAGUUUUUUUAUUAAGGCAAAUUGAAAAACUGAAAGAGACAGAAAACAAAGAAGAUUGUUUAGGAUCCAAUUUCUCACAGAUCUAUCAUUGUAUUUAAAAAUUAUAUUACAGUACAUUACAAUAAUCUCACAGUGUAUCUGUCUCAGCCAGCUGUUUGACAACCUGUGUUCAGUUUACAAGACCACACUGAUCUUUGUCAAAUCAUCGUGACUGAUGAAAGUUUCAUCAAACCAGCAGAAACAAUGACUUGACUUAUAGUACUCUCCACAAUUGACUUCUCUAUUAGUUUCUCAUGAAAAAAGGUUGACAAAAAUAUCAUACAAAAAUUGACAUUUCUGAGAUAUCUGCAGGAAUAUAACACAUUCUCAACUCCAAACUGAUUGAGGUCUUCUUUGUCUUCGGAUGUACACUGGUUAACAAGAUGGCAGAUAAAAAA